AUGAUGUUUAGUAACGUGAAUAUAUUUAAACGCAGAAAUGAAAGUAUAUUUCCAGUUCCGAAGAAAACGGAGACACAGAAAACGGACUUCAAAGCUCUUUCUCUUUCCCAAACAGAUGGCCUGAACGAAGUAACCGCUGAAAUGACCCUGCAAGUGCGCCUGGUGACGGAGGCCAUGCUGUUCAACUCGGUGACAGUGCGCAUGGCUGACAUGACACAGGAGGCCUUCUUGUCCCCUCUCUUGUCAUACUUCAUUGACGGGUUGGCGGCCAUCAUACCGUGCCCGAGGGAGAACAUUUUUAUUUUUAAUAUUCAGGACGACACGGACGUGGAGUCCCGCAUCCUGAACGUCAGCUUCUCGGCCAAGCGGCCCGACGUCCCCGGGGAGGAGUUCUACCAGCCGCAGUACCUCCGGGAGCGCGUGUACCUCCACCGCGCCGACUUGGUGAAGCUGGCCACCGUGGAGGUCCUUCCCUUCGACGACACCCUCUGCGUCCGCGAGCCCUGCCUCAACUUCGAAGAGUGUCUGAAUGUGCUCAAGUUCGGCAAUGCUUCGGGUUUUAUAUCGUCCAAUAGUAUUCUUUUCCGUCCGAUUUAUCCGGUCAACACAUUUGCUUGCAGGUGCCCCAAGGGCUUCACCGGAAUGCGGGAACACUACGAGUGCGACACAGAGGUCAACCUGUGCUACAGCAACCCCUGCGGCAACCACGGCACCUGCAUGCGGAGGGAAGGAGGCUACACCUGCGUUUGUCUUCCGGAAUUCACAGGCAAGAAUUGCGAAGUAAACAUGCUGAGCGGCCCCUGUGUGGACGGCAUAUGCGUACACGGCAGUAAGUGUACGGAGGAGGACGGGCGAAGUGGCAACGGGGCAGGAGGCUUCAAGUGCACCAACUGCACGCGUUCGUUGUACCACACCUCCACGUGCGAGCUGCGGGCGAGGAGGUUCUCUCGAGGGGAUUUCCUGACCUUCCCGACUCUGAAGCAGCGACACAGGAUUCAUAUCAAGAUGAGCGCCACCAUCAGCCUCGAUAACUGUGACUCCGCGCUCGCCGUCCGCUUUGGCCACCAGAUCGGGGACUACCACUGCGCCAACACCACGGCUCAGAUUCUCGACCCGAGGUGUGCCAGCUUGACGGAGUCCUGUCAUAGGUUCUUGGACGUGACAGGGCCCCUUCAGAUAGGUGGUCUGCCCGCCCUCCCCACAACGUACCAGGUCAGCCAGCAACACUUCCAUGGAUGCAUCAGCGAUCUCUAUGUCGACCAUAGAUUCAUCGAUUUGGAUUCAUACGUUGCAUAUAACGGCACUUACCCAGGCUGCCCCGAGAAGAACAGCUUUUGCCGUUCUCACCCGUGUCAGAACGGCGGCUCUUGCAGGGAGACCUUUGGCACCUUCGUCUGCACCUGCCCGACGGGCUGGGGCGGGAGGUACUGCUCUGAAGAGCUUGAGGUGGUGAAGCAGUUCACGGGCGAGGGCUUCCUGGUGGUGACGCCGCAAAUAGAGAAAGGACAGGGUUUGCGAAUGUAUAGCCUCCGCGCUCGCCGUCCGCUUUGGCACCAGAUCGGGGACUACCACUGCGCCAACACCACGGCUCAGAUUCUCGACCCGAGGUGUGCCAGCUUGACGGAGUCCUGUCAUAGGUUCUUGGACGUGACAGGGCCCCUUCAGAUAGGUGGUCUGCCCGCCCUCCCCACAACGUACCAGGUCAGCCAGCAACACUUCCAUGGAUGCAUCAGCGAUCUCUAUGUCGACCAUAGAUUCAUCGAUUUGGAUUCAUACGUUGCAUAUAACGGCACUUACCCAGGCUGCCCCGAGAAGAACAGCUUUUGCCGUUCUCACCCGUGUCAGAACGGCGGCUCUUGCAGGGAGACUUUUGGCACCUUCGUCUGCACCUGCCCGACGGGCUGGGGCGGGAGGUACUGCUCUGAAGAGCUUGAGGUGGUGAAGCAGUUCACGGGCGAGGGCUUCCUGGUGGUGACGCCGCACUUGCAGUCCAUCAAAUUACCGUGGAGCAACAGCCUCUCCUUCAGGACGCGAGAGCAGUUCGGUCUACUUGUCAUCACUGCCGUCGGACAGAACGCCAACAGUAUUAUUGAGCUGGUCGACGGCUACAUCCAGUACCGCUACGAGAACACCACCAUGAAGCUGACGGAAACGCGCGUGGAUGACGGCCUGUGGCACAACGUGGAGGUGAAGUGGAUGAACACGGAGGUGUGGAUCAACCUGGAUUACGGGAACUACGAGAUCACGCACUCGGUGAACUCGUGGGUGGCCGGGCUCUACAUCGGCAAGGUCUCGGUCGGGGGCGUCCAGCCCUCGGACCCCGCCAAGGUCACGGGCUUCAAGGGAUGCAUCAAGGAUGUCCGCGUGGGAAGCAACAAGAACAUCCUGGCGCACCCGACGCACGAGGGCGGCGUGCGCGACGGCUGCGUGGCCUCCGACCCCUGCACGUCGCGCCCGUGCCCCGCGAACUCGCAGUGCGUCAACACCUGGCAGGGGUAUGAGUGCAAGUGCAACAAGGGCUUCUUCGGGGACAAGUGCGCGGACGUGUGCACGCUGAACCCGUGCAGCAACAACGCCACCUGCGUGCAUGACAUCCACUCCCCGAAGGGCUAUCGCUGCGAGUGCCCGACCUACAAGUUCUCCGGCGAGUACUGCGAGGUGGUGCUGGACCAGCCGUGCCCGACCAACUGGUGGGGUUACCCCGUCUGCGGCCCCUGCCACUGCGACGUCGACAAGGGCUACGACGGCGACUGUAACAAGACUAGCGGGGAAUGUCGGUGCGAGGAAAAUCACUACCAGCCGGAAGUCUCAGAUGCCUGCUACGACUGCGACUGCUAUCUGGUGGGUUCGUAUGGGAGUUCAUGCGACCCUCUGACGGGCCAGUGUCGGUGUCGCCCCGGGGUCAUCGGUCGUCGCUGUGACCUUUGUGCAAACGCCUUCGCUCAGGUCACGAUUAGAGGCUGCGAAAUCGUGUACGACGGGUGCCCCAAGAAUUUCGACAUGAUCUGGUGGGAGCAGACGGCCUUCGACGGAAAGACGGUCCAGCCGUGUCCCGCAGGAGCUCAAGGGCAGGCCAGCAGGUCGUGCCACAAGGAAGUCGGAUGGGGACCUCCGGACAUGUUCAACUGCGUGUCGGAUACUUUCAUCGAACUGAGGGAUCUGCUGCGGAGCCUCGAUAAUGAGGAGCUGGAGAUCACUACCUAUCUGGCCGUGAAGAUCUCCGAGGACCUCAACUACGCCUGCUCGAUCACGCCGUCCAUGUGGGGCUCGGACGUCCUCAUCGCCUCACGGCUUCUCAUCGUCCUCCUCGAGUACGAGAGUCACCAGGAGGGACUCAACCUGACUCACAGACAGGACCGCCACUACAUCCAGAACCUGGUGGAGUCAGCCAGCGUGAUCCUGCAGCCCCUGUACGCCGGCCACUGGCAGCGAAUCAACGGCCUCAACGGCUUCGGGGCCGACUCGCUCCUCACCAAGCUGGACGAGUACGUGGCAAAGCUGGCCACCAACCAGGGCGACACAUAUACCACGCCCUUCGAAGUGCCCACCAAGCAAGUCGUGUUCGGGAUGGACACAGUCUCCGCCGACGAACUGUACGGCUACAGUCGGUCUGGGUACGUAGCGGGGCACGAGGACCGCGUCGAGCACGUGAUUAUACCCGAGACUUCGUCCCUGGUGGACCGCCACUACCCGGGCAAGGGGGAGGCCUCGGUUAUCGUGCCCAAAUACAACAACUACCUGAAGAACCAGCAGCUUUGGGUCCACGACACGAACAUCAGGAUCCCCCUCUCGCUGCUCGGGAUCCCCAAUGUGGCGAAGGGCGAGACCUCGACGGGCGAGACCCUGGGCAGCCGGCGCGCGGUCGUCAGCUACGUGGUGUUCCGCUCGCUUGGCCUCCUCCUCCCGGAGACUUACGACGGCGACGUAGAGCAGCGCUGGGGCGUCGGGCUGGCCGUCCGCUCGCCGGUGUUCACGGUGGCGGUGCACACGGAGCACGGGGGGCUUAUCAAGGACAAGCUGGGCGUCCAGGUGCGGCUGCGGUUCCGGGUGGGCCACGUCGGCCGCCGCUCCAACCCGCAGUGCGUCACGUGGGUCAGCAAGCCCGACAGCAAAGAGGGCGUGUGGACCCGCGAGGGCUGCGUGACGAGCGCCGCCGAGCGAGGCUACGGGGACUACGUCAACGACACCUUCAUCAACUGCACCUGCGACCACCUCUCCAGUUUUGCCGUCAUUCUCAACGACGCAGAAGCAGAGUUCCUCGCCGAGCCGUCCAUCGCCGAAGACGUGACGACCUACACUGGCCUCAUCCUGUCGCUGGUGCUGCUCCUCCUCGCCUUCAUCGCCUUCUGCCUCCUCCGCGGCGCGCAGACCAACUCGAACACGAUCCACAAGAACCUGACUGCUUGCAUCUUCAUUGUGCAGCUGCUUUUCCUCGCGGCUCUGAAGAUCAGGCAUAUUCUUGUGCAACAGGAGUUCCCUUGCAAAAUGGUAGCCAUCGGCCUCCACUACUUCUGGCUGUGCGUGUUCACGUGGCUGCUCAUCGAGGGAGUUCACCUGUACCGGAUGCUAACGGAGAUGCGCGACGUGAACCACGGCCAGAUGCGGUUCUACUACUCCUGCGGGUACGGGCUGCCCGCCAUCAUUGUGGGCCUGUCCGUGGGCGUGCGCGCCGACCAGUACGGGAACUACUUCUUCUGUUGGCUAAGCAUCUACGAGAACGUGGUGUGGGCCUUGGUGGGCCCGAUCUGCACCAUCGUCAUCAUCAUUCUGCUGGUGUUCGUCCUGGCCAUCCGCGCUUCCCUCACCCUCAAGGGACAUAUCGAAGGAUUCGGAAACCUCAGGACGCUGCUGUGGCUGGGCAUCCUGUUCCUGCCUCUCCUCGGGGCCACGUGGGUGCUGGCGGUCCUCUCGGUGUCAGAGGAUCUCGAGAUCCUGCACUACUUCUUCUCGGUGUUCUCCCUGCUGACGGCCCUCUUCGUACUCGUAGGAUACUGCCUCCUCAACAGCCGUGUCAGGGACUCGCUCUACUUCAUGUUCCUGGCCUGCACAGGGAGGAAGGUGCCCUACCAGGAGACUCUGAGCGUCACGCGGCCGUCGCACUCCUCGCGUUCAGCCCUCACCUACAACGACGACUUCAACAUCCUGCGGCGCAACAUCGGCAUCUCCACGGCCAGCACGACCUCCCGUUCCACCUGCAAGACCUCCAGCUCUCCUUACAGUCGGAGCGAGGGCGUGGCGGUGGGCGGGCGGGUGGCCUCCUCCAGCACGCCCAGCAACUACAACUCCAACACGGAUAUUAACUCCCAGGCGCAUUCGGUCAAGUCGCCGUACGCGUACAACGACUCCACAAUGUUCCAUAGGAAGCACGGCGGUCGAGGAGGAAGACGUCGAGAGAGCGAAAGCGAGAGCGAGCUGAGCCUCGACCACCGCUCGCUCGACCUCGCCUCCUCCCACUCCAGCGACGAGGACGACACCACGACCCACAACGGAACACUCAGGGUCAACGAACGACGCACCAAUCCGCCGCCCGAAGUUCCUCCCAAACCAUCGAGUUAUCUGCCGAACAUCUACGACCUCGACACCACGGCGGAGGCGCUUCCCCCCGCCCCCCACAGCAUGCCCGGGGGAGGUGGGGGAGGGCCGCCCUUAGGAGGGGGUCCGGGAGGAUCGCCUUUCCUACACAACAUUCGUCCGCUUUUCGCCACUCGCUGGUCCUCGCAGCUGGACUCCACUUACCCCUACAAAGAGCACAACGUGCCGUCGCCGCUGUGGGCCAGCGAGAGGCUCUCCACCACCACCGCCUCAGACAACGAGAUGCAAGACAAGGCGGACAAUUUGAGAGUCGAGUCCCGUCCUUCCCUCGCACGGUAUAUGGACCAGAACCGCGGCCGUUACUCGCCCGCCGAGAACCAGUACGGCACGUACUCGCCCUCGAGCAAGCACCGCUUCUCGCCGGACCCGAAAAAGUUCUCGACGCUGGAUGCCCGACGAAACUCCCCGGACGCCCGCCGUUACUCUCCUGACGUGAGUGGGCGCCUAUACCCAGGGCAAUUGUCCGAGGGGAGCCCGUACGCCCACGAGAGCCCCUACGCCCACAGCGGGCGGAGAAUCUCGCCGGAGAACCUUGUGGUAAGAACGGAGUCGCGCGCCAGCAGGUCGAGCGUGGACAGCACGGACAAGAAGCGCUACUCGCCCACGCACCAGGCGCAGCAGCAGGCCGCAGGGACCCCCAGGAGCCAGAAGAGAUUCUUGCAUCAGCUGGCGGAAGACCCGAGUCCCGAGGCCCUCCCGGCACCGGUCGUGGGCGGCGGCAUGGGCGGGGAGAGCAGCGUGGAGGAGAACAACCUCAAUAUCUCGCCCUCAGACCCCCCUCAGUCGCCCUCCCCGCCCCCCAUCCUCCCCGCCGCCCUCAUGGCCACCCACAAGAUCCGCGCCAUCACGCUGGGGAUCUCAGACUCGGACAAAGACAGCACUGAAACCACCGUGUGACAACCCUCGCUCAUCGCUGCGCCUGACGGGACAACCAGACGAAAAAGUAUGAAGAGGUUUAACCAGAUAACGAAAAAAGUGUAAACUGAGAACGAAAAAGUGCGAAGAGAAUGAGAAACAUUGUGAAGAGAAGCAGACAGGUUGAGAAAAAGAGAGCUGGAAAAAUGUGGAUAGCUAUGGCCGAUAUUGUCACGAAAUAUGUCUCAAAUGUAUAGAUUUUCAAAGAUAUUUUUAUAUUUUACCUUUGUCUUUCAGUUAGAUCACUUUUUCUGAUAGUGGUUUACAUUUUUGUGAUUUUGUCACCUAUAUGCAUUCGAAGUCAAUCCUCAGUUAUGGUUAGUUGUAUACAGAUAAUUUAUUAUAUAAUUUGAAAAGGAUAAGAAUACACACUGUAAAGGACGUGAUAAAAGUACAGUAGUCUACCAUAUAGUGAACUUCAAAGAAAACGGAAACCCACCAAUCAUGGCAAUUUAUAUUACUGUCUUAUUGUGCUUCGCUUCCAAGACAUUCCUUCUUAGAGCUCUCGACGAAGAAAAGAAAACAAAAGGUGAUACGACAAAACGCAAGUGGGCUUUUAGUCAAGAGGAGAGACGAUCGUGUUUUGCAAGAGAUGUUGAAAUGUCUAUAGAUCGUUACCGCUUAUAACCUGCAAGUUGCAAUGUAUUCUCGACGUGUCAUUCAUCUAUUGUGCGGUUUAUUAGUGUUGUGUAUACAAGUCACUCUUCAUCUUGCUUGUGUGAUUAACUUAAAAUAAAAUCUUUGUCCGACCCGCAGCCGAUAAUAUUUAAUAGACUUUAUUUAGAGAUAGGAACAGUAAUUUAUUUUACAAAUUACUUGUAGAUAUAUGUAUAGACGCAUCUUCCACUACGAUAAAAAGCUUAUUGUUGAAAGUGGAAAAUGAUGAGCGAAAAAACAUAAAAUUGUUUCGUCCAUGAGUGAAAGGCGUUGGUUUUUGAGUGGUGUGAGAAAAUAUGAUAAACAAGGAA